CAAAGCGACUCUCGUGCUUCUUAACUCGCGGUUCCAGAUUGCCCUUCUUAGCGGAAUUAGCGGAAUCCUUAAACACAUAGAGAUGUCGGCGCGGUUGAAUCAUCAGCAUGCGGCGUACGCUUGGCGUCGGGAGCAGGAGAACAAUCGUGUGCAGGCGACGCAUCAGGUGAAUCGGUACUACGGCCAUUGGGGACAGGUGACGUCACACUUUGAGAACUGGACUAACAAGGAGUACUACGAUAAAGCCGACAAGCGACUCCAGCAAAGGAAAAGCCAGCAGCAAAAGGAACAGGAGCUCGAGGAGCGGCGCACAAAGCUCCGCCAGCUGCUGGACAGUGAUCGUGAAAUCUUCCAAUUGGAGAUGGGGCGCAAGCGUGGAACACGAAUGGCUUCUGAUGAUCUUAAGACAUUGGAGCGCCUCAAUCAAUCGCUCAAGGAGCAGGAGCAGCUCAAGCGUAAGCUGGAAAUGGAGGCCAAACUCUAUGGCCGCUGGCGUCAUGGCGUGGAUGAUGAGAAGCUGCUGUACAAGUCCAAGUCUGACAACGAGGUGCUGGCCAAGCUCAACUGGCUGGACAAGCAGAUCGAGCAGCAGCAGCAGCGCGAACAGCAGGAGGCGUUGACUGCUGAACGUAAGCUGCAGCUGCAGCAGGAGAUCAGUCGGACCGAGCUGGCCCAAAAGGAGCGCCAGCUCAUUCGUGAGCAGGAAAUCAAGGAUAUACGUGCUCUGCAGGAGACACACGUGACGGAGCUGAAGCAGCGCCAGGAGCAGGCCGAUAAACUCAAGGAGGAGGAGCAGCACUUCCGCUUGUUUCUCACCGAACUGGAGAAGGAGAAACAGUUGCUGGAGGAGAGCACCGCCAUGAUGCUCCAGCGCCCCGACGUCUCACAGGCUUACAAUCUGAAGAAGAUCAAGAUCUUCAUACGCAAUCGCAGCGAUGCAUUCCGCAAACAGAUCUCCCUCUGCAUCAAUCUGCUCGAACGCAUGGCCAAAUAUGCGGUCAAGACGGAGCAGCUGCAGGAGCAGCUCGACAAGUGCAAGAAGCAAUUGCAGGAGGAAUCGGUGGCCUUCAGUCAAAUCGAGGCCAUGUACGAGUCAGAGGCCAAGUACAAUUUGCAGCGAUGCGAGGAGAAUUGGCGUGAACAGCAUCUGCAGCGUUUCAGCGACAUCAACAAGAUCAUCGAGCAGGAGCAGCAGCUGCUGAGCGGAAUGCUGCGUGAGAAUGUGACGGAGCAGCAGUCGCUGAUUGAAUUGCGCGCCACUCAUGUGGCUGGCAUUGAACAGACCACCAAGCAGCUGGAGCAGCUCAACAAGGAGCAGGAGCUGUCAUCGCCACGCAGUACAGAAUCUACAAGCAUGCUUGGUAAUACGGCAUCGGUGACAGAGUUGCCCGGCCUGGAGAUCUCUGAUUCCACUGAUCAACUGGUGCCUAAGGUAUCCGACUCAUUCACCAAUCUCAAUCUGGAUGUCUGGGAGAAUAUGCCACCCGUGCGUAAAGGCGUCGAUUCUCCAAGACUCAGCAACACUCGCUCCUUGAAUGUCGUCAAUCCACAGACCGCAAUGCCGCCCAAAUUUGCACGCAAACGCGUCGCCUGGACUUAGGAUAAGGAUCUGGUCUCAAUACAAAUCCAAUUGAAAUUUAUAAUGUUGUAGCUAUAAUUUAUACAUAAGAAUGUGUGUGUGUGUGUGUGCUUAUUGUAAACUCUGUUUAAAAUACUUUCGCUCACUCUCUCUUUCUCUCUCUCUUUCUCUAAGUACCUAUGUACAAUCUCCUGCUUAAAACUGUAUGUAACUCUCGUGUUAAUAAAAAAUACUUAAUUAGUGAAUGUAA